GUUAUUUUGCUGUCGGCCACUAUUCCAGACGAAGUGCUUGAGGUGACCAAACACUUCAUGGACGAUCCGGUCCGCAUCCUGGUCAAACAGGAGGAGCUCACUCUAGAGGGAAUCCGCCAAUUCUAUGUGAACGUAGAACAAGAGGAAUGGAAAUUGGACACACUGUGCGACCUAUAUCAGACGAUCGCAAUUACACAGGCCGUGAUUUUCUGCAACACCCGUCGGAAAGUAGAAUGGCUGACUAACGAGUUGACCGAGCGCGAUUUCAUCGUUUCUGCCAUGCAUGGUGAUAUGGAACAAGCCGAACGUGAUAACAUUAUGACCGCCUUCCGGAGCGGAUCUAGUCGAGUGUUGAUCAGCACCGAUCUUUUGGCCCGUGGAAUCGAUGUGCAACAAAUCUCUUUGGUGAUCAAUUUUGAUUUGCCCACCACUCUAGAAAACUACAUACACAGAAUUGGUCGCGGAGGACGUUUCGGACGUAAAGGUGUCGCGAUCAACUUUGUCACCUUGGCCGAUCGGAGAAUGUUGAAGGAGUUGGAGACCUACUACAGUACCAAGAUUUCCGAACUCCCCGUGGAUGUGGCCGAUUUGUUCUGA